AUGGUAUCGCAAGCACCGACCCCUACCGAUGGAUCACCACCGCCAACAACGCCCGGAGGAACCUACACCAUCCAGACAGUCACUGUUGGCUGCAAGAUCUACAUUCGACGCCCAACACCCAACGGCGAGACAGAGGAACGUCUUGCAGAAAUUCUGUCGAUACGGGACAAGCCCGUAAACCCCUAUGCUAGACGCACCAAACCUGAAGAGGGCCCCCUGAAGCCAGAAGACCAAUGGGAAUACUUCGUCCACUGGGAACACUUCAACAAGCGCCUUGAUGAAUGGGUUGCUGGCUCGCGACUCGUGCUAAGUCGGGACCUCGAGUGGCCUCGGCCAAAAGCGCCUCCGAGCGUUAAGAAGACAACCCCUUCAAAAAAGCCAGGAAAGGCUCCUCGGGCACAAAGCCAGAGUCUUCUGAAGAAAGCCACUUCUAAUGCUGCACUCGGCACUUCCCCCACCCCUGGCCCAUCUACUCCUAUGCUCAUCGAUGACUAUCCUCCGUCUCCAUCACCUGCACCAUCCUCUUCGCUCAAACGGAAACUUCCCCAUGACGAAGAGGAAGAGGAAGAAGAGGAAGAAGAAGAACGAGAUGCCGAAGGGGAAGAUAUUGACGCUGAAGGCGAAAUGGACAUCGAUGGCGAGGGAGACCUAGAAACUUUCGACCUCAGCAUGACAGAGCCAGUGUCAAGUCUGCCUACCGCCUCUUCCUUCAGCAAGGAGAAGGAAAUCGAGAAACUUCGGACGUCUGGCUCAAUGACACAAUCCAUAUCUGAGAUUGCUCGCGUCAAGAACCUCAAUCGACUCCAGAUAGGGAAGCACGAAGUAGAUGCCUGGUAUUUCAGUCCAUAUCCCAAAGAAUACGCCCACCUUCCUGUCCUUUACAUUUGCGAGUUCUGUCUAGCUUUCUUCCCUUCUCCCCUAAUGUUUUCGCGGCACCGACAACGAUGUACCAUGCUACAUCCUCCUGGAAAUGAAAUAUAUCGCCACGAGGAUAUUUCGUUCUACGAAAUCGAUGGCAAGCGCCAGUUGACUUGGUGUCGCAAUCUCAGUUUACUCUCCAAGUGCUUUCUUGACCACAAGACGCUGUAUUAUGACGUGACGCCUUUCAUGUACUACGUGAUGGCCAAACGCGAUUCCACAGGCUGCCAUAUCAUCGGUUACUUUUCAAAGGAAAAGGAAUCGGCCGAAAGCUACAAUGUUGCCUGCAUUUUAACAUUGCCUCAGCACCAACGACAUGGAUAUGGGAAGCUGCUUAUUGAAUUCUCCUACGAGUUGAGCAAGAAGGAAGGGAAACUUGGAAGCCCGGAGAAGCCGCUCAGUGAUCUAGGUCUUCUGGGGUACCGUGCCUACUGGGCAGAAACCAUCAUCGACCUGCUUUUGAAUUCACCAGACGCCGAGAUGAGCAUCGAUGACAUUGCUCAGAAGACUUCCAUCACCCACGCCGAUGUCAUGAACACCUGUACAACCUUACAACUUUUCAAGCACUACAAAGGCCAACAUAUCAUAUGCCUGAACAACGCCGUGCUCGAGAAGCACCAGAAGACCAAAGCGAAGAAGAGACGACGGAUCUAUGGCGAAUGUCUGAAGUGGAAACCACCCGUCUUUACUCGCGACCAACUACGCUUUGGCUUCUAG